GUCGAUGGGCAGGUCAACUGCACGGGUGAAGGGAGCGUCCUGAGACUAAAGUGUGCAGGACACACGGACGGGCAGACGAAUAACUGUAACCGUGUUUGUCCGACAUCAUCUGUUAGAAUAUUACAGUAAUAUAUUUGGAUCACGAAGGACAAAUGGCUCCAUGCAUCAGUGAAAGGGAGGCGAUCAAUUUAGGUCACCUUUGAGCGCCGCGAGGACCGUCGGAAUUAUGAUGCGCCUUCCUGAUAGCUCACUAUUAUCACUACUAUCACGCUAAUUGCAUGACAGGUUAAAUGUGCCUCGUUCGCAGAUUUCUAAUAUCCGACAUCAGAACCGGGAAAGAUGCGGAAGGACGUCAGGAUUUUACUUGUAGGAGAACCCAAAGUAGGGAAGACAUCCCUGAUCAUGUCUCUGGUCAGUGAGGAGUUCCCAGAUGUGGUUCCAUACAAGGUUGAGGAGAUAACCAUACCUGCCGACGUCACCCCAGAGAGAGUUCCAACACACAUAGUUGACUACUCAGAGGCAGAACAGACAGAUGAACAGCUGUACCAGGAGAUAUCGAAGGCUAGCGUCAUAUGCAUAGUAUACUCUGUCAACAACAAGAAGUCAAUUGAAAAGGUGACCAGCCACUGGAUUCCUCUCAUCAACGAGAGGACGGAUAAGGACAGCAGGGUGCCGUUGAUCUUGGUGGGUAAUAAGUCCGACCUGGUGGAGCACAGUUGCAUGGACACCAUCCUGCCCAUCAUGAACAAGUACAUAGAGAUCGAGACUUGUGUGGAGUGCUCAGCGAAGAGCCUAAAGAACAUCUCUGAGCUGUUCUACUACGCGCAGAAAGCUGUCCUCCACCCCACAGGGCCACUGUACUGCCUCGAUCAGAAAGAGAUGAAGCCGUCUUGUAUAAAAGCUCUCAAACGCAUCUUCAAAGUGUCUGAUUUGGACAAUGAUGGAAUUCUCAAUGAUAAUGAGCUCAACUUCUUCCAGAGAGUGUGUUUCAACACGCCACUCGCCCCACAGGCUCUGGAGGAUGUGAAAAACGUAGUGAGGAAGAACAUAGCAGAUGGAGUGUGUGAGGAGGGCCUUACGUUACAGGGAUUCCUUUUUCUACAUACGCUUUUCAUCCAAAGGGGACGGCAUGAGACCACGUGGGCAGUCCUUCGUUGCUUUGGCUAUGAUGAUGCCCUGGAACUACAUCAAGACUACCUCUUCCCCCCUUUAAAGAUACCUCCAGAAUGCAGCACAGAGCUGAACCACAACGCGUCGCUCUUCUUGCAGGCUGUCUUCGAAAAACACGACAAGGACAGAGACUGUGCUUUGUCCCCGGAAGAGCUGAAGGACCUGUUUGAUGUAUUUCCCUACAUGCCAUGGGGCCCGGACGUUAACAACACUGUCUGCACCAACGAGUUGGGGUGGAUCACCUACCAGGGGUUCCUUUCCCAGUGGAUGCUGACUACAUACCUAGAUGUUCAGAGGUGCCUGGAGUACCUGGGUUACCUUGGUUACUCCAUUGUGGCAGAGCAGGAGUCCCAGGCUGCUGCCAUUACAGUAACACGUACUAAGGCUCAGGACCUGCAGAAGAGGCAGACCCAGCGCAGUGUUUUCCUCUGUAACGUGUUUGGAGGCCCCAGCAGUGGCAAAAGUGGCUUCUUACAGGCCUUGCUUGGCCGCAACCUCAUGUGUCAGAAGACUAUUAGAGAGGAACACAAGUCCUACUAUGCCAUCAGUACUGCCCAUGUGUAUGGCCAGGAGAAAUACCUGCUGCUCCACGAAAUCUUCUCGGACUUUGAUCUCCUGUCAGAAUCUGAUCUGUCCUGUGAUGUUGCGUGCCUGAUCUAUGAUGUCAGCAACCCCUGCUCCUUUGAGUACUGUGCUCAGGUCUUUAAGCAGUGCUUCCAGGACGGCGUGGUGCCGUGCAUGGUGGUGGCGGCCAAAGCCGACCAACCCGAGGAGGCGCAGCAGUACUGCGUGAGCCCGCCGGAGUUCUGCCGCACCCACAAGAUGCCACCCCCUCAGGCCUUUACCUGCAACACGGCGGGACCCCCUGCCAAAGACGUCUUCGUCAAGCUCGCAACCAUGGCGACUUACCCUCAUGCACGUCUCCGCUGCAUGUGCACCUGUAACAGGUGCACCUUCUGUCUCUGUCAGAACUUCCUGAACUCGGAGCUCCUGCACACGGUCAAAGCUAAACUCCACACUGCCAUCUUCAGCAGGCAUAUGGCCCACGUAGACCUGACAAACUCUGCUCUCUGGCUGAGGGCCAGUGUCGGGGCUGCCCUGUUUGCUGUGUUAGGCUUCACUGUGUACCGUCUGCUGCUCAGAGCCCGAUGAUCCACCAUCAACACUUUCACAUAUAUUUUAGACACUCCUGCUUACACACACACACUCUGGCUACCUCCUGGUGUCUCAACUCAUUUAUUCACUCAGUUUCUCUCUCACCUUUCAUGUGUUGAUUUAGUAUAAAUGUGACCAUGUUGGCUUUUGUAUUGAACACACCCACAUCAUGCCAAUAUUUGUUUUUUUUUAAUUUAUUCAUUUUUUGAAUGGGGUAUUAAGAGGAAAUGCACACACAAGAAUGAAACUUUAACAAAAUGAACUGUGUAAAUAUGAUCUUGUAAAUAAAGGCUGUUUAUUGUUUCAAUGUGAAACUGCAGGAGAGGGGAACAUUGGAUUUCCUAGUAGUAAGUUUAGGGUUGGCCCAAAGACAAAUCAGUCAGCAGUGACGUUGGCCUUUUUGGCCUACCCCGCCCAUACUGAUGCUAUAAUGACCAAAGCAAUGAGAAAGGAGAGCGGCAUCAAGAUUUGCUGAUCUACAAGCUGUUAGCCAGUGGCUACUGCUUUUCUAUAAAAUAUGCAUGUUGUAGAACUCGCGGUGAGAACGCAGCCCUCUUGGAUCUGGACGUUUACAGCUCCCAGACGUCUUAGUAGCCUGGUGGGUGGUUGUUGUGCUGUGCAGCCCCUGAGUCUGUCUGGGAAUGUGUGCAUGCUUCAGGGGUAUCCUGGGUGCCCCUGGUAUCCUGAUAGUGAAGAAGGCAGUGGGCUGGAGAAGCCCUGAGGCAAUGCUCUGUGCACCUAUACAAUAAUGUCAUUCCCUCAUUACUAGGCUUGUUUCUUUACAUCCAGCCCAAAGUUUGAAAUAAAAAGAUCCCCUGGAGCAUAUGGUAAACGUCA